AUUUUCACCUUUGAUUUGUAUUUAAGACGUUUUUUCCUUUAUUUUCCUCUGUUCAUUAAUGUUAAAAAGUGUAAAAACUACUGCUGCAUUCAUAAAUUUUAAUGCACACAAAAGUUUAUUUAAGAUGAAACGCUCAAAGCAAUCGGCCAAAAUCUCUAAAAAAAUAAAAUUUUCAAACCGCCAGGAAUUCGAUGAAGAUCACAACAAUUCGUUGGCGGAAUCCUUUCGUCAGAAACGUUUAUGCUGUUCAGACAGCGUAAUUGAUUUUGCAUAUAAAAAGAAACGUGUGCGCAUUUUAACCGAAAAUCAACGUGAAGUUAGGGAAGAUUGCGAAGGGCCGGUAGUUUAUUGGAUGUACCGGGAUCAACGUGUCCAAGACAACUGGGCCUUUUUGUACGCUCAGCGUUUGGCUCUAAAACUUGAACUACCUCUCUGCGUAUGUUUUUGCCUUUUACCCAAAUACAUACAUACCACGCUCAGGCAUUAUAAAUUUAUGUUAACCGGUUUGGAGGAAGUCGCUCAAGAAUGUGAAGAUUUAAAUGUAAAUUUUCAUUUAUUGAAUGGACCUGCUCAUCAAUCUUUAGUGGAAUUUCUUAAAGAAGUUGAUGCAGCGACUGUAGUUUGUGAUUUCUCACCGUUACGUUUGCCUCUACAAUGGUUAGAGGAAAUAAAAGAAGUUUUACCCACAACCAUACCUUUUGUACAAAUUGAUGCUCAUAAUGUAGUGCCAGUAUGGAUUGCGUCCCAGAAGCAGGAAUAUGCUGCUCGAACUAUUCGCAACAAAAUAAACUCUCAGUUAGAGGAAUAUUUAACAGAAUUUCCUCCGCUGAUUAAACACAAAUACCUUAAUAAGAAGCCCUCUACUAAAGUGAACUGGAGGUCGAUUUAUAACACUUUGAAGUGCCUUAAGACCGUAGAUGAAGUUUCUGGUGUAAUGCCCGGGUAUAAAAAUGCCUGCCGUAAAUUGUUGGAGUUUUGCCAAAAACGUUUGAAGUUAUUUCAUGAGAAACGUAAUGAUCCGAAUAUUGAUGCCCUCUCAGGCUUAUCGCCCUGGUUCAAUUUUGGUCAAAUAUCAAUACAGCGUUGUAUACUGGAGAUAAAAACAUAUGAACACAAAUUUAAAGAUUCUGUGGUGGCCUUUUGUGAAGAGGCAAUUGUCAGGCGGGAAUUGGCGGACAAUUUUUGUUUUUAUAAUCAAAAUUAUGAUAAUUUUGAAGGCUUACAGGAUUGGUCGCGUAAAACUCUAAACGAACAUCGUAAGGACGUGCGAUCUCCUUGCUAUAGCUUGGAGGAAUUCGAGCAGGCCCGUACCCACGAUGACUUGUGGAACUCAGCUCAACUGCAAUUGAUGCGAGAGGGUAAAAUGCACGGUUUUUUGCGUAUGUAUUGGGCUAAAAAGAUUUUAGAAUGGUCUAAAAGCCCGGAAGACGCUUUGGAAUUUUCUCUACUUUUAAAUGAUAGAUAUAGUUUGGAUGGAACGGAUCCCAAUGGUUAUGUCGGUUGCAUGUGGUCUAUAGGAGGUAUUCAUGACCAAGGCUGGGCCGAACGUAAAAUCUUUGGUAAGAUACGUUAUAUGAAUUAUCAAGGUUGCAAACGAAAAUUUGAUGUAGCUGCUUUUGUGGCCCGUUAUGGUGGUGUCGCACACAUUAAAACGUAAUUGUUGGAGAUUCUGUUAAAAUCUGCAUUUAUAUUGUUUUUUCUAAAAAAUGAAUAAUAAUAAUUGAUAAGUAACCGAUUGUUAGCA